AUGGCGUCCACAACCUCCUCUGAUGCGCAUCUCGCGCCCAAUGACUCUACGAUCCGUCGCAAAAUAGUCAAAAAGGAAUCCUCGGCGUGGGACCUGAAGACUCUUGAAAAGGAGUCAGGGAAAGCCUAUCGCCAUGUUGCCGCAGUUCACAAGACUUCACAACCCUCUUGCCUCAGCCAUGACUCCCAAGCGACGCCUAGCUUCCUGGGGUUCCGCAAUCUUAUGGUCAUCUCUCUUGUCGCCUAUCUCAUCGAGUUAGUCGCCGCAAGUCAAGCCGUUGGUCUGCGGAGACAAGGCAAAAGCCAUAAAGAUGGUCCAUCGCCCGAAGAAGCCGCUAAGUUCCGAAGGACAUGGAUUGUCAUCGCCUGGCUCCACUCUAUCAAUGUCGUCUCGAUCCUCGCCUACACAUCUUACGCCGUGUACUACCACAUUCACCAUCCGCUCAUCGGAACCAUCACCGAGCUUCACGCCAUCAUCGUGCUGCUGAAGACGUACUCGUACGCUCUCACUAACCGAGAUCUACGCCAUGCGUACCUUCACCCAGCGACUGGCGGUCUCGCUGCCAUCCCCGACCUCUACGCCCAAUGCCCAUAUCCCACAAACAUCACCAUGAGCAAUCUCGUGUACUUCUGGUGGGCCCCAACCCUCGUCUAUCAGCCCGUGUAUCCUCGUACCGACAAGAUCCGCUGGGUCUUCGUCGCCAAACGCGUGGGUGAGGCAUUCGGUCUCGGCGUCUUCAUCUGGUUCACGAGCGCCCAAUACGCGACUCCGCUCUUGCUCAACUCCCUCAUCAAGAUCAAGACCCUCGAGUACACCGCCAUUCUCGAGCGUCUGCUCAAGCUCUCCACUAUCUCGCUCGUCAUCUGGCUUGCCGGCUUCUUUGCAUUCUUCCAGUCGACGCUCAACGCCCUUGCCGAGAUCACCAGGUUUGGCGAUAGGUCGUUUUAUGAUGACUGGUGGAACAGCGAGAAUCUUGGCGCGUACUGGCGAACAUGGAAUAAGCCCGUGUAUAAGUACUUUAGGAGACAUGUUUACUCCCCUCUGAUGAGCAGGGGCUGGUCGCCGAAGAUGGCCAGUAUGAUGGUGUUUUUCCUCUCUGCCGUCUUCCACGAGAUACUCGUGGGUAUUCCGACACAUAACAUCAUUGGCGUCGCUUUCUUGGGAAUGUUCCUUCAACUGCCACUCAUCGCUCUCACCACUCCCCUCGGCAAGUCCAAGACAGCAACGAGCAAAUUGAUCGGUAACUCGAUUUUCUGGGUCUCUUUUACUAUCUUUGGUCAGCCAUUUGCGGCGCUUAUGUACUUCUAUGCCUGGCAGGCGAAGUAUGGAUCUGUAAGCAGACAGGCGAUUCCAGCUAGUUCGUCAUAG